AUGAAAUACCAAUCAAUCAUUGCAAGCAUCAUCGCUUACGCAGCAACAAUACACAGCUUCGCCCUAGCCCAAGGCGGCUCAAUAAACCCAGGGGGGCCAGAACAGCCAUGCACCUUCACCGCCACUCCCUGCGCGCCCCCUCCAGGAGGUGACGUUAAGACGAGCACCGUGUACGAGGUGUCGUUCGUUGCUACCGCCACCCAGUCCUUUGAUUGCCAAGGUUGCACUGAGGUGACCGUCAUUCCGAGAGACUGCUAUGGACACGGGCCUGUGAUUGAAACCACCACCUUUGUGGUUGAGCCUGAGUCAACUACCACUGUGGACGUCUGCAGCCCGACGCCCAAUUGA